AUGCCUGAGCCCGUCCCUGCAGACAAACCGGAGGGGGGUGAAGAGUACCCUUCAGACGAGGUGGGAAGCACUGAGCUGACCGGGCUCUUUGUGGAGAGGCCCCCAGACAAUGUGGUCGCAGUCGCAGGAAGUGAUGUGACCUUCAUAGCCAAGGUUGACUCCUCCACCCUUACAAGGAAACCAGUCAUGAAGUGGCUGAAGGGCAAAUGGAUGGAUCUUGGCAGCAAGGCUGGAAAACACAUGCAGUUCAAAGAAACUUAUGACCGGAACACUAAGAUCUACACUUACGAGAUGAAGAUUAUAAAAGUGGUUCCGGGUGACGCAGGGGGCUUCAGAUGUGAGGUCACGGCUAAGGACAAGUGCGAUAGUUGCACCUUUGAGAUCACGGUGGAGGCCGCACAACAGGAGGAGCAGUCCGAUAUUUUGUCUGCCUUCAAAAGAGCGGAUGCUGGAGAGGACGACGGAAACCUGGACUUCAGCGCUCUGCUCAAAGCCACAAAAAAGAGGAAGAAGGUUGAGGAGAAGCCCGAGAUUGACGUGUGGGAGUUGCUUAAGAGUGCUCAUCCAAGCGAAUACGAGAAGAUUGCGUUUGAGUAUGGCAUCACUGACCUGAGGGGCAUGCUGAAGCGUCUGAAGAAGAUGACCGCUCCGGAGCCCAAGCACUGCGAGGCUUUCCUGAAGAAGCUUGACUCGUGCUACUCUGUGGACAAAGGGAAGAAGAUCGUUUUGACCUGUGAGGUGGUCGACCCCAACGUCCAGGUCAAAUGGCUGAAGAACGGACAGGAGAUCAAACCCUCGGCAAAGUACGUGAUGGAAACCAAUGGAAACAUCCGCACUCUGACCAUCAACCGGACGACUCUGGCCGACGACGCUGCGUACGAGUGUGUGGUCGGAGACGACAAGUCCUUCACUGAAGUGUUCGUCAAAGAGCCCCCAGUGACCAUCACCAAACUGAUGGAUGACUAUCACGUGGUGGUCGGGGAGAGAGUGGAGUUUGAAAUCGAGGUUUCAGAAGAGGGCGCCCACGUCAUGUGGUUCUUUGAAGAUGUGGAGCUGCACAAAGAGAAGGACUCUAAGUUCCGCUUCAAGAAAGAUGGGAAGAAGCACAUGUUGAUAAUCCCAGAAGCCACUCUGGACGACAUCGGCAUGUACCACGCCUGGACCAACGGCGGCCACACCAAAGGAGAGCUGGAAGUAGAAGAGAAACAGCUGGAGGUCCUGCAGGACAUCGCUGAUCUGACGGUGAAGGCCACAGACCAGGCCAUGUUCAAGUGUGAGGUGUCGGACGACAAGGUUACAGGAAAGUGGUAUAAAGAUGGAGUGGAAGUGCUGCCCAGUGAGCGCCACAAGAUGACUCACGUUGGAAGAUUCCACAAACUCCUUAUUGAUGAUGUGAAGCCGGAAGACGCCGGAGACUACACGUUUGUUCCUGAUGGAUACGCCUUGUCGCUUUCUGCCAAACUCAACUUCCUAGAGAUCAAGAUUGACUAUGUGCCCAGACAAGAUCCCCCAAAGAUCCACCUGGACACCACCGGCAACAUGGUUUCCCAGAACACCAUCAUCGUUGUGGCUGGAAACAAGCUGCGUCUGGACGUGGAGAUCACCGGAGAACCAGCGCCCACCGUGGUCUGGUCAAAGGGCGACCAGGUCAUCACAGAAGCAGAGGGCCGUAUGCGCGUGGAGGCCAGGAAAGACCUGAGCUGCUUCGUCAUUGAGGGAGCCGAGAGAGAGGAUGAGGGCAACUACACCAUCUGUGUCACCAACCCCGCUGGCGAGGACAAGGCCAAUCUGUUCAUCAAGAUCGUGGACGUGCCCGAUCCUCCAGAGAACGUCAGAUGCACCAAAGUGGGAGAAGACUGCGCGUCAAUGAUUUGGGACGUUCCCAAGUUUGACGGAGGCGCGCCCGUAAAAGGUUAUCUGAUGGAGAGGAAGAAGAAGGGCUCCUCCAGAUGGACCAAACUCAACUUCGACGUGUACGAGUCCACCACGUACGAGGCCAAGAGGAUGAUUGAGGGCAUUCUGUACGAGAUGAGGGUGUUUGCGGUCAACAGUAUCGGUCUGUCUCCUCCUAGUCUCACCUCCAAACCCUUCAUGCCCAUCGCCCCCACCAGCGAGCCCACCCGCCUGACCGUGCAUGACGUGACCGACAGCACAUGCAGUCUCAAGUGGCUCGCUCCGGAGAAGAUCGGAGCUGGAGGCCUGGACGGAUAUGUUAUUGAGUAUUGCAAAGACGGAGAUACUGAGUGGGUCGUGGCAAACCAGGAACUGUGUGAGAGGCAAGGCUUUGUGGUGCGUGGUCUCCCGGUGGGCGAGAAAAUCAACUUCAGGGUGGUGGCCGUCAACAUCGCGGGCAGGAGUCCCCCGGCUCUGUUGGGUCAGCCCGUCACCAUCCGCGAGAUCAUGGAACACCCCAAGAUCCGCCUUCCACGUGAACUGAGGACAAAGUACAUCCGGAAAGUAGGAGAUAAAAUCAACUUGGUCGUACCUUUCCAGGGGAAGCCACGUCCCGUCGCCACCUGGUACAAGGACGGUCAGCCCGUUGACCCCAAGAUGGUCAAUGUUCGUAAUUCCAACGUGGACACCAUCCUGUUCAUCCGCGCUGCAGAGAGGGAGCACUCGGGCACGUACGAGCUGGUGCUGCAGAUUGAGAACAUGGAGGACAGGGCCACCGUCAUCAUUCGGAUAGUGGAGAAGCCCGGGCCUCCGCUCAAAGUAAAGGUGUCGGACGUGUGGGGCUUUAACGCGGCGCUGGAGUGGGAACCUCCGAAAGACGACGGAAACUGUGAGAUCACAGGCUACACCAUCCAGAAGGCGGACAUGAAGACCAAGGAGUGGUUCACGGUUUACGAGCACAACAGGAGGACAAACUGCACGGCCUCAGACCUCAUCAUGGGAAACACGUACCAGUUCAGAGUGUUCAGUGAGAACCUGUGCGGCCUGAGCGAGGAGGCCGGCGUCAGUAAGAACACGGCUGUCAUCCCCAAGACAGACCUUGAGAUGAAGAGACCUGACUACAAGGAGAAAGACCUGUCCUGCAUGCCCAAGUUCACCCAGCCCCUAGUGGACAGAAAUGUGGUGGCUGGGUACAGCAUGGCCAUCAGCUGUGCCGUCAGAGCCUUCCCCAAGCCAAAGAUUAUCUGGAUGAAAAACAAGAUGAUCAUCGGUGAAGACCCCAAAUUCCUGAUGCAGAACAACCAGGGAGUGCUAACCCUGAAGAUCCGCAAGCCGGGCCCUUACGACGGAGGCACGUACACAUGUAGAGCCAUCAAUGAUCUGGGCCAGGACGAGGUGGAGUGCAAGCUGUGUGUCAAAGUUUUCACAGAGACGCCCAAGGAGGAGGAGUGA